AUGAAGCUGGAAUCGCUAGUAAUCGCAAAACAGCAUGUUGCGGUGAAUAUGUUACUGGACUUUGUACACACCGCCCGUCACAUCAGGGAAGUUGAUUGUUUUUAA